GUCUGAGGGAGAAAGAGAGGAUGAAGGUGUCUGAGUGGGGGUGAAGGGGGCAGAAGUCUCUAGGGGAGCCCCCUCCCCGUCCCGCCCUUCUGCAACAGGGACUUUGCUUGUCGGAAGCUGGCUGGGAAGGAUGCAGGUGACCCAACCCAGCUGCAACCGUCUUCCAAUAUAUGAACAAUUGUCAAAUGCACACAUUUCAAACUCAUAACCAUGCAGAUGCUGCGGUGGUUGGAUGAAAUGGAGAAUCCGAUGAGCAGCUCCUCUCCCCCUUCACGUAUUCAAGGCGACGAUGGCUCAAAGGAGAACACUGAUGUUCCAUCUGGGGUAAAUCAUUCAGAAGGAUCGUGCUGUGGUGGCAGCGCCUCCCAGUCUGCCAACCAUCCAGAUUUUGCUGAAGACGUCUUGCAAAGCCAACUGUUGCGCAACGAGUCAUUUAAUGCAGCUGAAAAUAGUGAGCUGAGGACGGAGGAGGAGCAGAGAGCCAAGAGAGGAAACUGGUCCAAAGGGCGGAAAAGGAAGAAGCCUUUAAGGGACAGCAAUGCCCCCAAAUCCCCCCUGACCGGCUAUGUGAGGUUUAUGAACGAGCGGCGGGAGCAGCUUCGCGCCAAGAGACCCGAAGUCCCGUUUCCAGAAAUCACCCGGAUGUUGGGCAACGAAUGGAGCAAACUCCCUCCGGAGGAGAAACGGCGCUACCUUGACGAAGCCGACAGAGAUAAGGAGCGCUACAUGAAGGAGUUGGAGCAGUACCAGAAGACGGAGGCUUACAAGGUUUUUAGCAGGAAAACCCAGGACAGACAGAAAGGCAAAACACAUCGGCAAGAAGGAACACGCCCAGCUACCCAUGACCAUCAGAAGGAACCGGAUACAAAGGAGAGGUCAGUGUUCGAUAUUCCCAUAUUUACCGAGGAGUUUUUAAACCACAGUAAAGCGCGAGAAGCCGAGCUGCGCCAGCUUCGCAAGUCCAACAUGGAGUUUGAGGAAAGGAACGCGGCCCUCCAGAAGCACGUGGAAAGCAUGAGGACUGCGGUGGAGAAGCUGGAGGUGGACGUGAUCCACGAGCGCAGUCGCAACACGGUGUUGCAACAGCACUUGGAAACCUUACGGCAAGCUCUAGCCAGUAGCUUUGCCGGGGUCCCCUUACCAGGGAGCGGGGAGAUCCCCACCUUAGACACUAUUGAUUCCUACAUGAAUCGGCUGCACAACCUUAUCCUGGCCAACCCACAGGAGAAUGAGACCCUUAUAGCGACAGUCCGGGAGGUGGUAAACCAUCUUGAACGUUAAUCACUUGUUUCUAGGAUUUUUUUUCUCUCUUAAAGGGAGAAAGAAGCCUGGAACGAGACCCCUGGUGUGGAACUAAGCCAAGAAAUAAAAGGCAAAAAUUUGGAGAUAAGCUCCAGUUCUUUCCUUAAAGCUUGAGGACUAUGUUUUUGAGAAGUCACGAUAAGAUAAUGGCCCAGUUUUUCUGCCCAGUCCUCCAUUCCUUAUCGUUUAUCCACUAGCCAUGGACUAAACUGCAUUGAACAAACGCAAUGGCUACGCUUCGUUCUCAUUUGAGUCAACAUUGUUGUAUUUUUUCAUUGCAACGAAAACUAAGCUCCAAAGUGGUGGUGCUCCAAAGGAGAGCAUUUUCCCUGCCUCUUUAUUCCUUAAUUUCAUGUCAGUCUUGUCUUGUCCAACACGAAAAUCCCUGGGCUUCCCUUGGUGAGAAGAAGACCAACCAGUUUGGAGAGAAGAAGACCGACCAAUGCCUUCUUCUGACAUUAAAAACACAAGAUCUUCAUAUGCAUUGUAGUCCAACUUAUUUUUGUUUUGUAGCAUGCUUACUUAGUUUGGUGUACGCAGGAGUCUUACUCCAAUCUCUCUCUCUCUCAAAACCAGAAAACACGCAAAGAGUCUCAUGUAUGUGUCUGGGAGGGUGUGUGUGUGUGUGACAUUUCUUCCCCUUUUCUGGUAAAAUGUGAUGAUGCUUCAGAAAUAAAUGAUGUGAAAAAGGG